AUGGUCAACACAGACUUUGAGAAAAUCUACUUAAACCAGUCCAGAGUCAAUGGGCGUAUGCGUAUUGCAGACUCGGGACUUGGAUGGAAGGCAAGCAGCAACGGGGACUCAACCUCCAAUGCUCCAUUUUUGUUACCGUCGGAGGAAAUCUUGGCCACCCACUGGUCAAGAGGAUCUCGUGGCUAUGAGUUGAGAGUUCAAACGAAGAACCAAGGCGUUGUGAUGCUCGAUGGUUUUGACGCCGAAGAUUUUGCGAAAAUGAAGCAAGAAUUGCAGAGAAACUUUCAUUUAACUUUGGAACACAAGGAGCACUCGUUGCGAGGAUGGAAUUGGGGCAAAGCAGACUUGGCAAGAAACGAGUUGGUUUUCCAGAUCCACAACAAACCAGACUUUGAGAUCCCUUACUCGGAAAUAGCAAACUCGAACUUGACUGGUAAGAACGAAGUUGCUAUCGAGAUGAAUUUGACCAACGAGGACAAAGCGGGUGAUGAAUUAGUAGAGAUGAGAUUUUACAUCCCAGGUACUGUUGAAAAUGAAACAAAGAAAACGGUUAAGAACGAAGAUGGAAGUGAGAAAGUGGAGGAAGAGACUGAGGAAGUUAAUGCAGCAGCUGUUUUCUACGAUCAACUCAAGGACAAAGCUGAUAUUGGCCAGGUUGCCGGCGAAGCUAUUGUUUCCUUCAGCGAUGUUUUGUUCUUAACGCCAAGAGGACGUUACGAUAUCGACAUGUAUCCUACUUCAUUGAGAUUGCGUGGUAAAACUUACGAUUAUAAGAUUCAGUACAAACAAAUUGAGAGAAUUUUCUCAUUACCAAAGCCGGAUGACGUACAUCACUUGAUCGUGUUGCAGAUUGAUCCUCCAUUGAGACAAGGUCAAACCAGGUAUCCCUUCUUGGUUUUGCAAUUUUCCAGGGAGGAAGAAACAGAAUUAGAGUUGAAUUUGGCUGACGAUGUAUACGAUAGCAAGUACAAGGACAGAUUGAAGAAAACAUACGAUUCACAAACUCACAUCGUGAUGUCUCAGUGUUUGAAAGGUUUGACUGAGCGCCGUCUCAUUGUUCCUGGUUCGUUCCAGUCCAGAUUCUUACAAGCUGGUGUCUCCUGUUCCUUGAAGGCAUCAGAGGGUUAUUUGUAUCCUUUGGAUAGAUGCUUUUUGUUUGUCACCAAACCAACUGUUUACAUUCCGUACAGUGAAGUCAGCACUGUAACGAUGUCACGUACAUCUACCGGUGUUUCUGCAUCCCGAACCUUUGACUUGGAAGUAAAUUUGAGAGGCGGUAACCAGUCUCAUGUUUUUGCUAACAUUGACAAGGAAGAACAGGAAACUAUCGAAAGAUACUGUCAAGAAAAGGGAUUAAGAAUUAAGAAUGAGGAGAAAAUUGCUAAAGCAAUGUUGGCAAAAGCCAUGACAGGCGACGAUGACGAUGACGAUGAUGCUGAUGUGGAUAUGGGAAGUGCUGGAGAAGAAGAGAGCGAUGAUGAUGACUUUGGUUCUGGCUCAGAGUCUGAUGUUGCGGAAGAAUUUGACUCUAAUGCGUCUGCAUCCGACUCCGAUGAGGAGAUGGCUUCUGGAGGCGAAGACGCCAAGCAGCCUCCAAAGAAAAAGGCUAAAAACUAA